UUCUUGAAAAUGCUGUUGUUAUCACUGAUCGAAUGGUUAAUGUGCCGUAUUGUAGUGCUUGCAAGGUUUGUAGCUAGGCCGACAUGGAGGAACACCGGUCACCAGCUCACGCCAAGCCCGAGGCCGAGCAGCCACCGCAGCAGCAGGUGCCGGCGGCGAUGGCGGUGGCAGUGGCAGUGGACGUCGCUGCUCCAGCAGCGCUACAGAAUAGUACUGCGGCUCCUGCUGAGAACGGGGACGUCGCUGCUGCGGGCGCGGCAGAGAAUGGUACUGCGGCUUCCGCUGCGAACGGGGACGGCGGCGGCUCGGAGCUGCUCGGCGGUCCACGCUGGACGGGGCUGCACCUUUUCGUGAUGAACAUCCGGAGCGUGUUCAAGCUGGACGAGCUCGGCGCGGAGGUGCUGGGCAUCGCGGUGCCGGCGUCGCUGGCGCUGACGGCCGACCCGCUCGCCUCGCUGAUCGACACGGCCUUCAUCGGCCGGCUGGGGUCCGUGGAGAUCGCGGCCGUGGGCGUCGCCAUCGCGGUGUUCAACCAGGUCAUGAAGGUGUGCAUCUACCCGCUCGUCAGCGUCACCACGUCGUUCGUCGCGGAGGAGGACGCCGUGCUCAGCAAAGGCGGCGCCAAGGUCAUCGACAACGGAGAAGAAGAAGAAGAAUUAGAAGCGGGACAAGUUGGCCCGGAGAAGCACACUGCCGCUGCCGGCGCGGACCCGGAGAAGCAGCAGCAGCCAGCUGAUGAAGAAGCCGCCAAGAACGGCGGCGAGGGAUGCGCCCCUGCCGUCGUCGCCGGCCGGAGUAGCGGCAAGAAAUCAGGGAACAGGAGGUUCGUGCCGUCCGUGACGUCGGCACUGAUCGUGGGCGCGCUCCUGGGGCUGUUCCAGACCGUCUUCCUCGUCGCCGCCGGGAAGCCGCUGCUGCGCCUCAUGGGCGUCAAGCCGGGUUCGCCCAUGGUGAUGCCCGCGCUGCGCUACCUGACGCUGCGCGCGCUUGGCGCCCCGGCCGUGCUGCUGUCUCUCGCCAUGCAAGGAGUCUUCCGUGGGUUCAAGGACGCCAAGACGCCCUUAUACGCCAUCGUGGCCGGCGACGCGGCGAACAUUGUGCUGGAUCCGAUCCUGAUAUUUGGCUGCCGCCUGGGCGUGAUCGGCGCAGCCAUUGCCCAUGUUCUUUCCCAGUACCUGAUAACGCUGAUAAUGCUGAGCAAGCUGGUGAGGAAGGUCGAUGUCGUCCCGCCCAGCCUGAAAUGCCUCAAAUUCCGGCGCUUCCUCGGAUGCGGAUUCCUUCUGCUGGCACGGGUGGUGGCCGUGACGUUCUGCGUGACGCUGGCGGCGUCGCUGGCUGCUCGCCACGGGCCGACCGCCAUGGCCGCCUUCCAGAUCUGCACCCAGGUCUGGCUGGCCACGUCCCUCCUCGCCGACGGGCUCGCCGUCGCCGGCCAGGCCAUGAUCGCGAGCGCCUUCGCCAAGGAGGACCGCUACAAGGUGGCCGCCACCGCCGCGCGCGUCCUGCAGCUCGGCGUCGUCCUGGGCGCCGCCCUCACGGCGCUCCUCGGACUCGGGCUGCAGUUCGGAGCCGGCGUCUUCACCAGCGACGCCGCCGUCAUCAAGACCAUCCGGAAGGGCGUUCCGUUCGUCGCCGGCACGCAGACGCUCAACACGCUAGCCUUCGUCUUCGACGGCAUCAACUUCGGCGCGUCGGACUACGCCUUCUCUGCCUACUCCAUGAUCGGCGUGGCGGCUGUCAGCAUCCCGUCGCUCAUCUUCCUCUCGUCGCACGGCGGCUUCGUCGGCAUCUGGGUAGCCCUCACCAUCUACAUGGGCGUCAGGGCCCUUGCCAGCACCUGGAGGAUGGCAGCAGCCCAGGGGCCAUGGAAGUUUCUUCGGCAGUGAGCAUAUACGUACAGUCUCGUGUCGAUCGUACUUUACCUUGAUUUUAGUUUUAUUUCUUAUUUGUAACCGAAGGAUACUGGCUACUUGCAAAGCCUAAAUGUUCUAAUGUAACUAGAAACAAAUAGUCAUGAUGAAAACAAUAUGGUUAGCAUUUCUAGCAACGCUAUUUACACGAGUCAUCUUGUUUGAUUUUUUUUAAUAAAUAAUUUUAAGAAAGAAGUGAGUAUAUGAGUUACACAAUAACACGCACAACCCAAACGACCCUAGUACGUAGAGAUUGGAAUGAAUCCAAGAAUAGACUUACACACAAGACCAGCUGGUGCCGUCACAUGCGUCUGAUCGAAAACAAGAUUAAUCAAAAGAAAGAAAAAA